ACGACUGUUAGAGAGAACUUUGUUUCUAUGAAACUUAGGACUAUUCGCAAAAUAUCCUCAAAAUUAUCAAAACCCCUCGCAAAUCAAUAACCUGCCCCUAGGGUAUGAGGUUUUUAGUUUAGUUUAUCUAAGGAGGGCUUCUAUAUUCACUAUUCUUACACUUUUUUGAAAGAAUGUGCGAGAGAGACAGUUAGCCAGCUAGCUAGCUAGCUGAGGGGUGAUACAGGCGGCAGGAGAACAAAAGAUUUUUUUUUGCGUUUUAGCCGGUUGCACUGACACCAAGUCCAUGCAGAACGUGUCAUCACCAUCACAAUGCCCGUUUUACUUUUUCUGAUAGACACGUCCGCUUCAAUGAACCAGCGCACCCAUCUGGGCACUACCUAUCUGGACAUAGCAAAAGGCGCUGUUGAGACUUUUAUGAAGCUCAGAGGGAGAGAUCCGGCGAGCCGAGGGGACCGGUAUAUGUUGGUAAAUUUUGAGGACGUUCCACUCGGAAUAAAGGCUGGAUGGAAAGAGAGCCAUGCCACAUUCAUGACAGAAUUGAGGAACCUUCAAGCAACCGGACUUACAACUAUUGGCCAGUCCUUGAGGACCGCUUUUGAUUUACUCAAUCUCAAUAGAUUAGUGACUGGGAUAGACAACUAUGGACAGGGCAGGAAUCCGUUCUUCCUUGAACCAGCCAUCAUCAUCGCCAUCACUGACGGCAACAAGUUAACAGGCAGCAGUGGAGUCCAGGAUGAGCUGCAUCUGCCUCUGACCACCCCCCUGCCGGGCAGCGAGCUGACAAAGGAGCCCUUCCGCUGGGACCAGCGCCUGUUCUCCUUGGUGCUACGCAUCCCCGGCCAUGCUUCGGUGGAGCCGGAACCCAUGGGGGGUGUCCCGCCAGACGAUUCUGCCAUCACCCCCAUGUGUGAGGUCACUGGAGGGCGUUCCUACAGUGUGUUCUCCCAGCGUAUGCUUAACCAGUGUUUGGAGUCUCUGGUGCAGAAGAUCCAAAGUGGGGUGGUAAUCAACUUUGAGAAAACAGGACCUGACCCUCCUCCAAUAGAAGAUUCACCUGCUGAAGCAGUGAAAGCCGGUCCCCAGCCAUGGCACUGCUGUCAUAAGCUCAUCUAUGUACGUCCCAACCCCAAGACUGGUGUGCCCAUAGGACACUGGCCCAUCCCAGAGGCAUUCUGGCCAGACCAGAACUCCCCCACGCUGCCGCCCCGCUCGGCCCAUCCCCAUGUACGUUUCUCUUGUCUGGAUGCUGAACCCAUGGUGAUAGACAAGGUGCCCUUCGACAAGUACGAGCUGGAGCCCUCACCUCUCACCCAGUACAUCUUGGAAAGAAAAUCCCCUCACACCUGCUGGCAGGUGUUUGUAUGUAACAGUGCCAAGUACAGCGACCUUGGCCAGCCGUUUGGCUACUUGAAGGCCAGCACAGCCCUCAACUGUGUCAACCUGUUUGUCAUGCCCUACAACUACCCUGUGCUGCUGCCACUUCUGGAUGAUUUGAUCAAAGUGCACAAGUUUAAGCCUACUAUCAAAUGGCGCCAGUCCUUUGAGAACUAUCUGAAGACCAUGCCUCCAUAUUACAUAGGGUCUCUGAGGAAGGCUCUCAGGAUCAUGGGAGCACCUAACCUGCUGGCUGAAAAUAUGGAGUAUGGCCUGAGUUACAGUGUGGUCUCUUACCUCAAAAAGCUUAGCCAGCAAUCCAAAAUUGAGUACGACCGUCUGAUAGCUUCCAUUGGUAAGAAGCCACCACCGGAUGCAGGCAUCAAAGUACGCUGGCGGGGCGGGGGUGGUAUCUCCCUGGCCCAGCAUAGGGACUUUACACAGCUGCUACAGGGCCUCACCGGAGAGGCCCCGGCCUUGCACAUGGAGCUUAAUCCCAAAGAGUUUCAAGGCUUUCACCUGGCGCUGCUCAACAAGAACUUGAAGCCACAGAGCCUUAGGAAUCCUUAUGACAUUCCCCGUAGCCACCUGCUGGACCAGCUCAGCCGAAUGAGGAGGAACCUGCUUAACACCAGCGUCUGUAGCCUCAGAGGACAGGACCCAGACCAGCUCCACAGUGUGCCAAUAGCCCAAAUGGGUAAUUACCAGGACUUCCUCAAAGCUGCUCCCCAGCCCCUCAGAGACGCAGACCCAGAGCAGCCCAAACGCCUACAUACAUUUGGUAACCCCUUCAAACUGGACAAGAAGGGCAUGAUGAUUGAUGAGGCAGAUGAGUUUGUGACUGGCCCCCAGAACAAGGGCAAGAGACCCAUGGAGAGCAGCAACAUGCAGGGUGGGGGCCCCAAGAGACGACGGUGCAUGUCGCCACUGCUGCGCCUGGGAAGGGCCUACACUCCCCCAGUCACUCCGCCUGCCAGUCCUCGAUCUUCAGCAGAUGCGGAGAGUAACGAUGGAGCACCAGAACCAGAUGUGUUUAUCAAUCACCUGAGUGAGAACCACUUUGGCCUGGACAGGACCUCUGAGUUGGAGCCAGGUCACCCCUCGGGACCCCUGGACUACCAGGAGAAUCAUCAGGUUGUGGAUCUCCAUGAGUAUCAGGACGGGGGGGAGGAGGAGAACGGCAGGCUGCGGGACACUGAGCUGCAGCCGGGUAGUGAGGGAGGGGCGCAGAUGGUGUCACCGGACCACCGACCGCCACGGUACCCUUCCCCUUCGACGCUGAAGAAGCAGAUAUACAAUGAUUGUCUGGAGUUCAACAACCACCUGAGGGCGCUCAUCACCAAGGAGAUCAGGAAACCUGGUAGACACUAUGAGAAGAUCUUCCAUUUCCUGAAGCAGAUCCAAGGCACUCUGGACACCCGGCUCAUUUUUCUUCAGAACAUCAUCAAAGAGGCAGCCAGGUUCAAGAAGCGUGUUCUCAUUGAGCAGCUGGAGAACUUUCUAGAAGAGAUCCACAGCAGAUCUAAUAACGUGAACCACCUGGACAUGUUCAGAGACGAGCUCGAUCCCAAACAAAACGCACUCUAACGUACCUUACAACCCUCCAUUUUACACCCCUCAACCACCUUCCCCUCCCAGUUCAGUUCUACCAGGCCUCACAGAGACGACACAGGUGGCACCCAGCUAAAAUUCAAACCAUUGCAUCCACAAGUGGACCCUCGGCGUCUUCAUUGUGUCAGUAUAAGAAAGAGACAGAAUUGGUUUAUGCUAUAACUAAAUGCGGUUUUCACCCAGGAUGAAGCUGGUUUAUACCUCAGAUAUCCUUUAGGAGCAGUAAAGGACCAUUUUUGCCUCAGGCGAGGAUGGACAGAAGCCGUUACAGGUGUUAGCCCCACACAUUUGUGUCUGGUUGCAUUCCAUUCCAUAAAGCUAUUCCCCAGCGUAUACCUUCAGUCACUCCCUUCACUUAUUAUAUUUUGUUUUUCCAUGUUUAAGUUAUUAAUUUAAAUGUUGAUCAGUAUUUUGAUCUGAAAUCUCGAGUAACACAGGGCACUCAAUCUGGAACAUAAAAGUUCCACAGCCUUUACAAACCCACAGGUGGCUUUUGGUUAGGUUCUCAAGUACAAGCUGCAAAGGCUGACCCUUGAGUUGAUGGGUUACAAUUGUAUGUGGUUUUCAACCGACUCUGGGACAAAGAAGGGUCCCACAACGUUUUACGAUGUCCCUCAUUUUACUUCUUAGCCUCUCGCUUUUUCAUUUGCUCUUGCUAUACUUUACUCAGCUCUUUCAAUCCCUUUUUGGCACCUGCGCUUUGAAGGACUUUCGGUCUUAAUGUCCUAUUUUUCUGACUUGUGUUUUGUCUUAGCUGUAAAAUUGAAUCAUCUCUUUAACCACUCCAGUUGAAAAGCACUCCAAAGCUGUGUCAACAAAAGAUGGAACAUGGCACAACACAUAACAUUUGUGAAAGCGGGGGGUACCUGCCUCACUGAUAAUUGCUCAUCAGCACAUAUUUAGCAAUUUUAGUCUGGAAAAACUGCACGGUACAUAAUGUUUGUGCCCUCUGAACAAUUUUUCCUUUAUUGUGUUUGCAUCCAGAUAUAGUGUGAUGAGAUGAUUUAAUUGUUCAGCGGUCAGGUGUGACUCUUCUUUAGCAAUACACGUCUGGAGUCAAGGCUCGUGUGAGGUCAGAUGGGAGGACCUUUUAAAAUGACAUGUGUGGUUUUAACAAAUGGUAAAGUAUAGGGGCGAUACCUCAGGAACUGUCACUAAUGCAUUGUGGUGAGCAAUAACAUUAGUGCUCGUUUUACCCCACCACUCGAACCGUUAUUUAAAAUCCAGAAACUGUUGAUAUGCAACCUUGUCCGCUAGAGCCCCGAUUAACCGAGGUCUUGGAUGCCAGCGAGUCCUUUGUGUCAGCAGUUGCCAAAUAUCAAACCCACCCUUAACUUUGUUUUCCCACCUUCAGUCUCAAACCAACUUGUCUUGUUUCCAUGAAUGCACUUGUGUAAAAAUGAGAACACCAAUAUAAGUUUUAAAAAAAAAGGGAAAAAAAGCAAGCCUACCUUUUUACAAAAAAUUUGAGUCUGUUUCAUUUUCUCAAAUCUACACAAAUGUGGAGUGCAGAGUGUGGGAGCGGGGGUUGGUUUGGGAUUCAGGGGGCAGCCCUCUUCCGUUUCCCCCUCCCCGGUCAGGGACCAAAAUCCGCCAUACUUGUCUUUGUUUGUGAAGAGGAUGCUACCAAAAGAGUAUUUUGAAUACACUGUAAAUGUGUAAAUAGCCCUAGAGUACUAUUUAAAGAGAAUGUUCAGUGGAAAUGGCCUUUUUGUAAGUAUUUCCAUGGAUAAAGUUUCUAUUUUACACUGUGAAGGGCCAUGUAAAUAAAGUGUCACAUUGUUCUGUACAGAUGUGAAUGCAUGGAUGUUUCUUUCCCUACAUCUGCAAACGGUGUUUGCUUAACUGUUUUAGGUGUAAAAACGUUUCUUUUUUUCAGACAAUUUGGUUGAGAAACAAAGGACCAAAACA